GUUGUCUUAAAUAGAGUCUCUUCCUUCUUCUCAUUCGUCUAUAGAGGGCUUUGUCCAAUACCACGACGAUGGCGAAGACAGCAAAUGACUGUGCUGUGUCUAUCACCACCCGUCCUGUCAUUAUAUCCCUUGGACAGAUUAGAGUUUCAAUCCCAGUCAGCACUUGUCACGAUGAAUGGAUCUGCGCAGAGGUCCUUAGAGAUGAGUUCACCCACGAGCAAUCCCUUGUAGACACUGUCGACACGACAGCCCAGCUCGAAAAUUUGCCGGAAGCCACCGUGGAGCUUACCGCCCGCUUCCUAGGGUAUAUUGCAGAGCAUCUUGACCAAGAUACCGAAGCACGCACCCUUUUGCUGCUCAAUGUUUUCAAAUUCUUCACAUACACGUACCUCGCAGUCCACGACAUUCAUUCUCUCGCGUCUGCGUACGAUAUCGAGGUUCGCAAAGUUGUCCUCACUUCCUACUACAAAGCACUUGCUGCUCUUCGCACCCGCAACAUUGCUGGCGUCCCUGCAGGGCCACCCUCCGCGCUCUUGAAAGCCGCAGCUGACGGCAAAGCCUCCAUCUACGCCUUGUUCGGUGGUCAAGGCACAAACGAGGUUUAUUUCGACGAGCUUCAAGGUCUCUUCGACACCUACCGCCCCUUCGUUGAGGCCUUCAUCAAAGCGGUUUCACAGACCGUUCUCCAGCCUCUUGCUCUUUCACAAGCAUCUACUGCACUCUACGCCUACGGGCUUGACGUCGCGUCAUGGCUCUCCAACUCUUCAUCCCGCCCACCGACCGGCUAUCUCGCGUCGAUUCCUAUCUCUUUCCCCCUAAUUGGGUUGACCCAGCUCGUGCAGUAUCUUGUUGCAUGCAAUGUGGUUGGUAUGACCCCGGGCGAGUACCUCAAGCAUAUUUCGGGCGCGACUGGCCAUUCCCAGGGUAUCGUUUCUGGCGUUGUCGUUGCCGCUUCCACAACUCUCGAGUCUUUCCUCGAGAAUUCCAAGAAAGCCCUCAAAUGGCUCUUCUUCUCUGGUCUUCGGGGUCAUCAGGCGUUCCCUGUUGUCUCUGUCGAGCCCAGAAUCGUCAAUGAUUCGAUCGAAGGUGGUGAGGGAACUCCUAGUCCCAUGUUAUCUAUCACUGGUCUUGCCUUGAAGGACCUCGAGCCUCACAUCAAGAAAACUAACUCCCAUCUUGCCGAUAACUCCAAGCUUUUCGUUUCCCUACAUAAUGGUCCUCGCGCGUUUGUUGUGACUGGCCCUGCCCGGUCCCUAUACGGCCUCGUCACCAAUCUGAGAAAGAUACGCGCGCCUUCUGGUGCAGAUCAGAGCAAAGUUCCUUUCUCCAAGCGCAAGCCUGCUUUCAAUAUCAGGUUCUUGGCAGUUGGGGUCCCUUACCACAGCGAUUAUUUGAAGGGGGCGACAGAGAAGGUUCUCGUCGACGAUUUGGCUGGAGAGGAGUUGUGGACUGUAGAGGAUCUCAAGGUCCCUGUCUAUAACACGGAAGAUGGAUCUGAUCUGCGCAGUCUGAAGACAUCUUUGACACGGUCUCUCUGUGACCAAAUUUUCACCGCACCUAUUCACUGGACGAAGGCUGUUGAUUUUCCCGAGACUGCAACCCAUGCCAUCGACUUUGGCCCUGGUGGUGUCAGCGGGAUUGGUCCUCUUACUGCACGUGAUCUCGAUGGACGUGGUGUUCGCGUCGUUGUUGUCGGUGAUCGCGCCAAGGGCGAUGCAGAGCUUUACAAUUCUGUUCAAGUCAAGUACGAGGACUGGUGGGCCAAGGAUUGGGCUCCUGCAUUGGUGAAGUCAAGUGACGGUAUUGUACAUCUUGACACGCCAUUUUCACGUCUUCUCGGUAAGCCUCCCAUCAUGGUUGCUGGCAUGACGCCAACGACCGUGAAGGCUGGUUUCGUCAGUGCCGUUCUUGAUGCCGGAUACCACAUCGAACUGGCUGGUGGCGCUCACUAUAAUGCUGCUGCUCUUCGUGCAAAAGUUGCGGAGAUUCGAACUAAGAUUCCUAACGGUGUCGGCCUGACCUUGAAUGCGUUGUAUAUCAAUCCUGCACAGUUCACCUUCCAACUCCCUCUCUGGCAGGAGAUGCGAAAGGAGGGUCUUCCUAUUGAAGGAUUCUGUGUCGCUGCUGGUAUCCCCACCACCGAGAAAGCUGUUGAUAUCAUCGAUGGCCUUAGAAGUGCUGGUAUCAAACACGUUUCCUUCAAACCAGGUUCUGUCGAUGGUAUACGACAAGUUAUUAACAUCGCCGCCGCCAAUCCUGACUUCCCCAUCAUCCUGCAAUGGACCGGAGGUCGUGCAGGAGGUCAUCAUUCCUAUGAGGACUUCCAUCAACCCAUUCUCGCGACCUAUCGCGCUAUUCGUCAACACCGCAACAUCAGCCUUGUCGCUGGUUCUGGCUUCGGAGCGGCUGACGAUGUUUGGCCCUACCUAACCGGCCAGUGGUCUGCGGAGCGCUUUGGUAUGCAGCCGAUGCCCUUCGAUGGAUGUUUGUUUGCUAGUCGUGUCAUGGUGGCUAAGGAGGCUCACACAAGUCCAUCGGUCAAGGAUCUCAUCGUUGCUGCACCUGGCAUCGAUGGUGAUGCGUGGGAAGGCACCUACGACAAGCCCACUGGUGGCAUUCUCACAGUCCGUUCAGAGCUAGGUGAACCCAUUCACAAAGUCGCCACGAGAGCCGUCAAGUUGUGGAGGGAGUUCGAUGAUACCGUAUUCGGCUUGCCAAAGGAGAAGCGUGCAGCUUGGCUGAUUGAACGCCAUGACGAGGUCAUCGCCAAGCUGAACAAGGACUUCAGCAAGCCUUGGUUUGGAUGGAAGAAGGAUGGAUCAGUCGCCCGUGCACUUGGCGAUAUGACCUACGAGGAAGUAUCUCUGCGUAUGGUUCGCCUUAUGUUUGUCUCCCAUCAGUCGCGUUGGGUCGACCCAUCCUUGAGGAACCUCACUGGUGAUUGGCUGCGACGCGUCGAGGAGCGUUUUGCUGGAGUUAAUGGCGAAUCUAACAAGCCAUCAGUAUUGCAAUCAUACUCUUCUUUGGAUGAUCCUUUGCCUUUCAUCAAGUCGUUCUUUGAGACUUACGUUGGUGGUACGACGCAGUUGUUGGCGUCUGAAGAUUCGGCAUUCUUCCUUGCCAUCUCCCAGAGACGCGGACAGAAACCCGUUCCUUUCAUUCCUGUUCUUGAUGCUUCGUUCGAGGUCUGGUUCAAGAAGGAUUCACUGUGGGCUGCCGAAGAUAUUGAGGCCGUUUUUGAUCAAGAUCCUCAGCGCGUGUGUAUCUUGCAGGGUCCUGUGGCUGUCAAGCAUUCAAAGGUCAAGGAUGAACCCAUCAAGGAUAUGCUCGGCAACAUCAACUCGUCCCUGAUUCAACGCGUCCUUGAAUCCCGAUAUGGCGGUGACCUCACCAAAGUUCCUGUCGUUGAUUACCUCGCAGCCCGUCCUUCAGCAGCCCUUGCCUGCCCGAAGGUCAAGAUCUCGGAUGCACUUGGGUCUCGUGUCUAUGAAUUUGGUUCCAGUUUGCCUCCCGCCACAGUAUGGUUCGAGACUCUCGCCGGUCCUCGUCUUAGUUGGCUGAGAGCCCUAGUGACAUCUCCAACCAUAGUUCAGGGAUCUGAGUACAUCGACAACCCCAUGCGUCGUCUUCUCAUUCCACGAGUCAACCAGAAGGUCGUUGUAUCUUCAUCGUCCGUUUCCAUCUACGGCGCUGCUCGCUCCUUUGGUGAGCACAAGCCAGAGUUCAAGGCCGUAGAGAUCCAGUUCAAUCAAGCGUCCAAACUCAUCAAUGUCACGUUGUUCGAAGAUCGCCAGAAUUCCCCGGUACCUCUCUCUUUGCAGUUCCAGUAUAUUCCGUCGAUGGGCUAUGCACCCAUUCAUGAAAUCGCAAAUGGAAGGAACACUCGCAUCAAGGAGUUCUACUGGAAGCUAUGGUUUGGUGAUGAUAGCUCGUUACCUGAGCUCGACGUCGGCGACACGUUCACUGGUCCAGAGGUGGUCAUCGAGGCUGCAGCUGUCGAGCAAUUUUGUGCCGUUGUCGGGAACCAGGCCGAGUCUUUCAAGACCGCUCGCAAGAACACCAUAACGGCGCCCAUGGAUUUCGCCAUUGUCACGGGGUGGCAGGCCAUCAUGAAAUCAAUUUUCCCGGCUUCGAUCGAUGGCGAUCUUCUGAAGCUUGUCCAUCUGUCGAACGGUUUCCGCAUGGUUCAUGGAGCUCGAUCUCUCACGGUGGGCGACAUUUGUAAGGCAACUGCUCAGAUUGUUUCCGUUACCAACUCGAGCGAGGGCAAGAUUGUCAAGGUCAAGGGUACCGUCCAACGAGAUGCCACACCCGUUGUCGAAGUCGUCUCUGCUUUCCUCUACCGUGGCCGGUUCUCUGAUUAUGAGAACACCUUCGAUACCUCCGAAGAGCCGGACUACGUCGUCGAGAUUACUUCUGAUGCCGAAGUGGGGGUUCUUCAGUCGAAAGAAUGGUUUGAGUGGGACGACGAGACUAGGCCCCUCCAGCCCGGAACCUCCCUCAUUUUCCGCCUUCACUCUCACGUCCUGUUCAAAGACAGGACGUUGUUCUGUGAACUUACCGUCUCCGGAGAUAUUUUCAUUCGCAACCAUCUCAAGCAGAUGAUCAAAGUAGGGUCUAUUGAUUUCCAACAGGAGAAUUGUCACGGAAAUCCCGUUCUCGCCUAUGUACAACGUCACGGCAAAGCUGACGAACUCUUAUACACUCUCCCGAACGAUGGAUACACAAUGACCGAGGGAGAUACAACUUUCAAUGCGCCUCUGACGAACGAACCUUAUUCUAUGAUUUCCGGAGAUUUCAACCCAAUUCAUGUUAAUCCUUAUUUCUCUUGCUAUGCUUCGUUGCCCGCUACGAUUACCCAUGGUUUGUGGAGUAGUGCGGCGACCCGCCGUUAUGUUGAAAGCGUCGCGGCUCAGGGUCAUCCUGAGCGUGUUAAUUCGUACCACGUCUCUUUUGUCGGUAUGGUUUUGCCUGGUGAUGAGCUCAGCGUUAAGCUUCGCCACAUUGGCAUGCGUGACGGCAACAUGGUCGUGAAAGUGGAAACUUUCAACUCGCAGGGAGACAAGGUGCUUGACGGUACAGCUGAUGUGUCCCAGCCUCGUACCGUUUAUGUCUUCACUGGCCAAGGAUCUCAGGAACCGGGCAUGGGCAUGGACUUGUACAACACCUCCGCCGCUGCAAAGGCUGUCUGGGAUGCUGCUGAUGCCCAUCUCAGUGCUGUUUAUGGGUUCUCUAUCAUCGAGAUCGUCAAGGAAAACCCUAUGCAGAAGACCAUUCACUUUGGUGGUAUCAAAGGCCAGGCCAUCCGACAGCGAUACAUGGAUAUGACAUACGAUACCAUUGGCAAAGACGGGACCAUCAAGACACUCCCUCUUUUCGCUGAUAUCGAUGUUCGUACGCCCAAGUACACCUUCAACCAUCCAACUGGGCUUCUCUAUGCUACUCAAUUUGCUCAGAUCGCCCUUGUUGUGACGGAGAAGGCUGCGUUCGAGGACUUGCGUGGGAAGGGAUAUAUUCAACGCGACUGUCCUUUCGCUGGCCAUUCCUUAGGUGAAUAUGCUGCUCUUGCGGCCAUCGCCGACAUAUUCCCUGUAUCAUCCCUGGUAGAUGUUGUUUUCUACCGUGGAAUCACCAUGCAGCGCGCCGUGGAACGUGAUGCCUUGAACCGAUCGAACUACGCUAUGUGUGCCGUCAACCCUAGCCGCAUCUCUAAGACCUUCAAUGACACUGCCUUGCGUGAGGUUGUUGACAGCAUCUCUAAAAUUACGGGAUUGCUUUUGCAGAUUGUCAACUACAAUGUAGAGGGGCAACAAUAUGUUUGCGCUGGAGAAUUAGUCACAUUGCAAACGAUGACCAAUGUUCUGAACUAUCUCAAGGUUAAAAAAAUUGACGUGCAACAGUUGGCGGAGAAAUUUUCUGAGGACCAAGUCAAAGAAAUGCUCGGUGAAAUCAUCAAAUCGUCCUACGAAAAAGCGCUAGAGCAGGAAAAGACCCAGGGAUACAUUACGCUUGAGCGUGGCUUCGCCACUAUUCCGCUCCCAGGUAUUGAUGUUCCUUUCCAUUCACGUUAUCUUUGGGCGGGUGUGAUGCCUUUCCGUGCAUACUUGUCGAGGAAGAUCAAUCCCUUGCAUGUCAAUCCUGACUGGUUGGUUGGUCGCUACAUUCCCAACCUUAUUGCAAAGCCGUUCGAAGUUUCGAAGGACUACGCACAGAUCAUUUACGAUCAAACCACAUCUCCCGUCCUGGAUAAAGUUCUGAGGAAUUGGGACCAGGAGAACUGGGGAGGCUCGGAGCAGCGGUCAAAAUUGGCGUACGUUCUCAUGGUCGAAUUGUUGGCGUACCAAUUCGCGUCCCCUGUCCGCUGGAUCGAAAUCCAGGAUCGUCUCUUCGUUGACUACUCGUUCGAGCGUUUCAUCGAGUUGGGUCCUUCCCCCACCCUCACCGGCAUGGCCACCCGUACCUUUAAGGCGAAGUAUGAAGCGUCCGAUGAUGCUGUCUCCCACACGCGUUCCAUCUUCUGUAUAUCCAAGAACCAGAAGGACAUAUACUACAACUUCGAAGACGAGGUUGAAGAGGAGGUCGUAACGGAGUCAGCGCCGGUCGUCUCGUCUGCCCCUGUAAUCCCUACUUCCGUGGCCGCUCCUCCCCCCAUUGCGGCUUCCAGCAGACCUGCUGUUGCUGUCGAAGAUGCGCCUAUCAAGGCUCUCGAUAUCCUCCAUGUUAUUGUCGCCCAGAAACUCAAGAAGGCAGUGAGCGAGGUUCCCCUUUCAAAGUCUAUCAAGGACCUCGUGGGUGGCAAGUCGACGCUUCAAAAUGAGAUCUUGGGUGAUUUGCAACUAGAGUUUUCGUCGGCGCCGGAAAAGGGAGAAGAACUUCCUUUGGAAGAGCUUGGCUCCGCCCUUUCGUCCGGCUUUGGAGGAGCGUUGGGCAAAUACACUUCUGGUUUGGUAUCUCGGAUGAUUGGUGGCAAAAUGCCGGGUGGAUUCAAUUCUUCUGCUGUGAAGGCACAUCUUUCGAAGUCAUGGGGACUGGGCCCAUCUCGUUCAGAUGGUGUUUUGUUGUUAGCGACUACGAUGGAACCGCCGAAGCGGUUGGCUUCGGAACCAGAGGCGAAGAUCUGGUUGGACGGUGUGGUCGCCGUAUAUGCCCAAAGGUCAGGUAUUAGUCUAUCCGCUCCAAGUGCUGGAGGAGGUGGUGGUGGUGGUGAUGGUGGCCCCACAAUCAACAGCGAAGAGUUCGUCAAAUUCCAGGCAGACCAGGAGCAGUUUGCUGCACAGCAUAUCGAGCUUUAUAUGCGGUAUCUCAAACGCGACUCUCGUGCCGGUGAGAUUGCGUUCGACAAGGAGAAGGCCCAUUCGGAGGAGCUGCAAGCGAGGUUAGAUAGCAUCGCUAAGGAGCAUGGUGACACCUACAUCGACGGAAUUCAGCCUGUCUUCGACCCCAUCAAAGCCCGUCACUUUGAUUCUUCCUGGAACUGGGCGCGUCAAGAUGCUCUUCUCAUGUACUAUGACAUAAUAUUUGGCCGACUCACCACUGUCGAUCGCGAGAUCACAGCGAGUUGCAUCGCCAUUUUGAACCGUGCUGAUCCCGACUUGCUUGCAUUCCUGCAGUACAACAUCAACCGAUGCGAUCCAAGCAAGGGUGAAACCUACAAGUUGGCCAAAGAGUUUGGCCAGCAGCUCAUCGAGAAUGUCCGUGAAUUCUUGUCACAGCCACCGGUCUACAAGGAUGUUACGUUCCCCACUGCACCUCACACUGAGGUCAACUCAAAGGGUGACAUUGUUUACUCCGAAGUGGUUCGGGAGAACGUCCGCAAACUCGAAGCUUACGUCGAAGAAAUGGCGAGCGGCGACACCGUCUCUGGUGCUGUCAAUAUCCAAAAGGUUCAAGAUGACGUUUUGAAGCUUUGGACCAUCGUGAAAUCGCAACCAGAGAUCAGCGAGGAACAGAAGAAUCACAUCAAGGCCCUCUACGAGGGUGUAGUUCGCUCUCUGCGCAAAGGUCCGGAUCCCCGCCCUUCCCGCGUUCGAAGUCGCCGCGCUUCGUCUCAGUUCAUCCGCCCUCAAGUGUCCGGCAUCUCAUCUGUGUCCGCUGACAAAGUGCCUUUACUUCAUCUCAAGCGUAAAGUGGGUACAACCUGGGAGUACAGCAGCAACCUCACGAGUGUUUAUCUCGACAUCUUGCAUGAGAUUGCCACUGCCGGGACGACGUUUAAAGACAAAAAUGCUCUGCUCACUGGUGUUGGCAAAGGUUCUAUCGGCGUGGAGGUAGUCAAAGGUCUUCUAGCAGGUGGCGCACAUGUGGUUAUCACCACUUCUCGAUACAACCGUGCUACCGUCGAGUACUACCAAUCAAUCUUCCACUCGUGCGGUAGUCGUGGGUCUGCCCUCACUGUCGUUCCAUUUAAUCAGGGCUCAAAACAGGAUGUGGAAGCGCUCGUCGACUACAUCUACGCUAAUCUCGGUCUCGAUCUUGAUUUCAUUUUGCCCUUCGCAGGUAUCCCGGAGAACGGCCGAGAAAUCGACGGCUUAGAUGACAAGUCGGAACUAGCUCAUCGCAUCAUGUUAACGAAUCUCCUUCGAAUCAUGGGUGCUGUCAAGAACAAGAAAGCCAGCCGUCGCUUCGUUACUCGUCCGACCCAAGUUAUCCUCCCUCUGUCGCCCAACCAUGGACUCUUCGGUAAUGACGGUCUCUACUCUGAAUCCAAGAUUUCUUUGGAGACUUUGUUCCAACGUUGGGCGUCAGAAAGCUGGGGCGAAUAUUUGUGCCUUGCAGGCGCUGUCAUUGGAUGGACCCGGGGGACCGGCCUCAUGGGGCCAACGAACAUCGUUGCUCAUGAGUUGGAAUCAUAUGGUGUUCGCACAUUCUCAGCGAAGGAGAUGGCGUUCAACAUCCUCGGCCUCAUGCAUCCUCUAUUGUUCAGCAUCACUCAGGUCGAGCCUAUUUGGGCGGAUUUGAAUGGUGGUAUGGACCGCCUUCCCGAUCUUGCCGAAAUCACUGGACGUAUUCGUGCCAACCUCAAUAAGAAGAGUGAUCUUCGUCGGGCUAUUGCUCGCGACAACGCCGCCGAUUAUAAAGUCAUCAAUGGUGCAGAAGCAGAGCGUCUCAUUCAAACUGUUGAUGUACUUCCUCGAGCAAACUUUAGUUUCGACUUCCCCGCUCUUGAGUCAGUGGAGAAUCUUGGUGACGUUUCGAAACUUCGUGGCAUAAUUGAUCUCGACAAGGUCAUUGUCAUUACAGGUUCGGCUGAGGUUGGACCUUGGGGUAGUGCACGGACUCGCUGGGAGAUGGAAGCAAGGGGCGAAUUUACCAUUGAAGGUGCCAUUGAGAUGGCGUGGAUGAUGGGCUACAUAAGACAUUUCGAUGGUCGCUUGAAGGAUGGAUCCCUCUAUGUUGGCUGGGUGGAUAGCAAAACCGGCGAUCCAAUUGAUGACAAAGACAUCAAGGCUCGCUACGAGAAGGAUAUUCUUGCUCAUGGCGGUGUUCGUCUGAUUGAACCUGAGCUCUUCCGCGGCUACGAUCCGAAGAAGAAAGUCUUCAACCAAGAAGUCGAGCUUAUUCAUGAUCUUGAGGCGCUCGAAGUAACGGAAGCAGAAGCUAUGAAGUUCAAGUUGCAACACGGCGAUAAGUGCGAUAUUUGGGCCGGCGAAUCAGGACAGUGGUUCUUCAAGCUCAAGAAGGGCGCAUGUGUCUUCGUUCCCAAGGCUUUCACCUUCAGCCGAACUGUUGCUGGUCAGGUUCCGACUGGUUGGCAUGCUGGCCGUUUCGGCAUCCCAGAAGACAUCAUUGCUCAGGUAGACCGUACUACGCUUUGGGCAUUGGUCUGUGCCGCCGAAGCGUUCAAUAUGUCUGGUAUCAUUGAUCCAUACGAGCUUUACAAGCACAUGCACCCCUCAGAUGUCGGUACUUGCUUUGGUGCGGGUUUGGGUGGUCAAGAUUCUAUGUGCAAGAUGUUCAAGGAUCGUCGCGACGAGAAGGAAGUCCAGAAUGACAUUCUUCAGGAAACAUUCAUCAAUACUGCCGCGGGUUGGAUCAAUUUGCUUCUUGUAUCGUCCAGCGGUCCGGUCAAAAUUCCCGUUGGUGCUUGCGCUACGGCUCUGCAGUCCAUGGAAAUUGCUCGUGAUACCAUCUUGUCUGGAAAAGCCAAGGUCAUGAUUGCUGGCGGCUACGAUGACAUUAGUGAAGAGGGAUCCUAUGAGUUUGCGAACAUGAAGGCGACGAGUAAUGCUGACGCCGAAUUUGCCAUGGGUCGCGAGCCGACGGAGAUGUCCCGCCCGGCAACAAGCACCCGCGCUGGCUUCAUGGAAGCACAAGGUACCGGCGUUCACAUCGUCAUGAGUGCCAAGACCGCUCUUGAACUGGGUUGUCCCAUCCGCGGAAUUGUCGCCUUCACCUCGACUUCAACCGACAAGGCCGGACGAUCAGUUCCUGCUCCAGGCCGUGGCGUGCUCACCAUAGCAAAGGAAGUCCCAUCCAACCAUCCUUUGCCUUUGCUUGACGUCAACUAUCGCCGUCGUCAACUUACAUUCCGCCGCUCACAAAUUUCGCAAUGGCUUGCCAACGAACAGGAACAGCUGCGAGAAGAGAUCGAAUCGUCCAAGGUCCAAAGUCAACCCCUCGACGAUGAAUAUAUUGCGGCACGCGUGUCGAACAUGGAGAAGGAGGCUUCUCGACAAGAAUCUGAUGCCCUUGGCAUGUAUGGUAUGCUGGAAGGCAAUGAUCCAAGCAUCGCACCCCUCCGCCGUGCAUUGGCCGUUUGGGGCUUGACUGCCGAUGAUGUUGGCGUCUUGUCUAUCCAUGGCACUAGUACGAAAGCGAACGAAGAGAACGAGACUCAUAUUUGGAACACGGUAUUCCAGAGCCUCGGUCGUACUGCGGGAAACGCCGUUCCCAUCAUGGCACAGAAGAGUCUUCUUGGUCACGCCAAAGGCGGCGCCGCCGCUUGGCAGAUGUCUGGUGUUCUCGACACUGUCAACACCGGCAUCGUCCCAGGUAACAGGAAUAGCGACAACAUUGAUUCCCACUUCAUGCAUCGGACCUUCCUCAUGUUCCCGUCGAAGUCGAUUCAAACCGAUGGAGUGCGCGCUGGAGUAAUGUCCUCAUUCGGUUUCGGUCAAGUUGGUGGAACUGCUCUUAUCGUCCACCCCCGUUACCUCUUUGGAGCUCUUGACCCUGCAUACUAUGCAGCUUACAGAAAACGUAACAGCGUCAGACAACUCGAGACGUAUAAAGUCAUGAGCGAGAUGAUGAUCAAGAACAACCUCGUUAAGAUCAAGGAGAAGCCACCUUACACUGUUGAGCUCGAGGACAAAGUCCUCACCAAUUCGUUGGCUCGGUCAUCAGCAGAUCCCCAAACUGGCUCCUACUCCUUCGCUGCGAAGCAACCAACGCAGGCUCCUAUCGAUGACUCCAACCUCAAAGCGGUUACUCAGCUUUUAUCAGCAAAACCAGCUCAGGGUGACUUUGCUGGUAUCGGUGUCGAUCAAGAACUUAUCUCAUCCGUCCCCUCACACAAUGCCACCUUCGUCUCCCGCAAUUUUACCGACGCUGAGAUCGCGUACUGCAAUGCUCAACCAUCUCCGUCAUCUUCUUUUGCUGCGCGCUGGGUAGGCAAGGAGGCCGUGUUCAAGUCAUUGGGUGUGCAGUCAAAGGGUGCUGCUGCGGCAAUGAAGGACAUCGAGAUCAUUAACGACAAGGCUACGGGUGUGCCGGUUGUCUCGCUAUAUGGUGAUGCCAAGGCCCAGGCCGCCGAGAGGGGUGUCAAAAAUAUUCUGAUCUCUUUGAGCCAUUCAGAGACUGUCGCUAUUGCCUUCGCUCAGGCGUUAAGGUCGUGAAUUCAGGGUUUUUUCUGCAGAAUUUAUUUUUGUCACGCAUCACUUCUCUCUGUACCGCAUAUAUAAUCACUUUCUUCAAGCUUACAGUCAAUUUACUUACUCUGCAUGUAUACGAAUCAGG